CCUUAGCUCAGGCCACGGCUGCGAUUCCCCCCCCCCUUUCAUUUCCUGCCAGAUGUUGUGUUUACACACAGCCCCUGUGCCGCGAUUUAUAGCCUGUCAGCUGAUCCCCUGCCUUUGGGGGUGUCUGGGGGGCGGGGAGCCGAGCGGAAAACACGGGAAGACGGGAGCCGAGCGAGCUGUGAUCCAGGUCAGCUCCGGCCAGACAAGUCAGGGGCUGCGGGCUGGGACAGACGACAGGAAGCACCCAGCACCAUGGAGGCGUCCUCGCUGGUCCAUUUCCCACUGCUUCUCUUCCUCCUGGCGUGGGCGCCCAUGACCGAUGGCCAAGCCAUCAACGCUCAAGCUCAGCAGAAGUUGUGUGCGGACGAAUCCUUUCCCCUGGACUGUGAGGAUGUCUACGACCAGGGAUCAGAGACGGACGGCGUCUAUCUGAUCUACCCGGCUGGCCCCAACAUCCCCGUGCCGGUCUACUGCGACAUGACCACGGACGACGGGAAGUGGACGGUCUUCCAGAAGCGCUUCAACGGCUCGGUCAGCUUCUUCCGGGGCUGGAACGACUAUCGGUUCGGGUUCGGCAGGGCCGACAGCGAAUACUGGCUGGGCCUGCAGAACAUCUACCUCCUGACCCUGAAGCGGAAGUACGAGCUGCGGGUGGACCUGGAGGACUUUGAGAACAACACGGCCUGGGCCAAGUACAUGGAUUUCUCCCUGUCGCCCCAUGCUAUCAGCGCCGAGGAGGACGGCUACACCCUGCACGUGGGGAGCUUCACCGAUGGCGGGGCAGGCGACUCCUUGUCCUACCACACCGGGCAGAAGUUCUCCACCUUCGACCGCGACCAAGACCUGUACGUGCAAAACUGUGCGGCCCUCUCCUCUGGUGCCUGGUGGUUCAAAAGCUGCCACUUCUCCAACCUCAACGGCUUCUACCUGGGGGGGGCCCACCUCUCCUACGCCAACGGCCUCAACUGGGCCCAGUGGAAAGGCUUCUACUACUCGCUCCGCAAGAGCGAGAUGAAGAUCCGGCGCAUCUGAGCCGCCUCCCCCCCCUCCCCCCGGCCCUCUCGCCGGGAGCGGGGCCCAGGGAGCCCGGUGGAGUUCGGGGGAAGGGAUUGGGGGGUGGGG